AUGAGCCCUGGGAUUCAUCAGAAUUAUUCCGCCAAGGUGGAGGCCACCGUCAACCACCUGGUCAACACAUAUCUGUGGGCUUCCCACACCUACCUCUCCCUGGGCGUCUGUUUCGACAGAGACGAUGUGGCUCUGGAGGGUCUGGGCCACUUCUUCCUCGAGUUGGCAGAGGACAAGCGCAAGGGCACUGAGCAUCUGUUGAAGAUGCCAAACCAGCUCAGAGGCUGUGCCCUCUUCCAGGAUAUGCAGAAGCUGUUCCAAAGAUGAGUGGGGUAAAACCCAGACGUCAUGGAAGCCACCAUGGUCGUGGAGAAGAACCUGAACCCGGUCCUUUUGGAUCUGCAUGCCCUGGGUUCUGCCACGCAGACUCCCAGCUCUGACUUCCUGGAGAGCUGCAACCUAGAUGAGCCGGUGAAACUCAUCAAGAAGAUGGGCGGCCACCUGACUGACCUCCGCCCCAGUUGGGGGCUGGGCGAGGAGCUCUUCAAAAGGCUCACCCUUAAGCACAACUAA